AUGUUUCUUAGUGAUAGUGAUGGAGAGAGGAGGAGUCUUGUAAUGUAUUUCAAGGUUUUUGAGAAUUUUGAUAAAAACAUCUCUCCUCAAUUCCAGGACAGCAUCAAGAAAAUGGUUGACGAUGAGACGGAAAAAGUUAAAAGGAUUCGCAAAGGACUCCACUGUACUUUUCAGAGAAAGACUAAAGAUCUUGACUGGGGUGGUAAAUCCUGA